ACAACUACCCAGACACAAGUACGUUUCUCUUUCUUACAGGGUCAUCGUAUCCCAGGAGGGACAACUGUGAUGAACAAUUUAUACAGCGUCCAAAUGGACCCUGAAUACUGGGGCGACCCUGAAAACUUCCGUCCCGAGCGCUUCAUCAACGCGGAUGGAACCUUCCGCAAGGACGAGCGAAUGAUUCCUUUCGGCAAAGGUCGACGGCUGUGUCUCGGAGAGCCUCUCGCUCGCAUGACGUCGUUCCUGCUGUUCGCGGCGCUCGUGCAGCACCUGGACUUCGAGCUCGACCCCGCCGUCCCCGUCACCAACACGGAAGGCGUCGCAGGGUUUACGCUCGGCCCGCCGGAGUUCAGAGUCUUUGCUAAACGCAGAUGUUAAGAAAGGCUGCUUCUAGAUUUAUAUGUUCUAUAUUUCUCGUUUUUAAAUUUACAGUAGCACUAAUUAUUGCAUAACCUUUUGCAUUUUAUCAUGGCAUGUAUAAUAAAGUUCCCCACCUGAGUUCAUUCCUACA